AUGAAAUUGGAUAUUUGGAAGGCAUAUAACACCAUCAACUGGGAUUUCAUUGAGGAAGUGUUGUAUGCUAAGGGAUUUAAUGAAAAAUUUAUCUUGCUGAUACAUAGAUGGAUAAGAAACAACUCUCAAUCUAUCUUUAUAAAUGGCAAAUCUCAUGGUUUCUUCACCUCAUCUAGAGGAAUCAAGCAAGGUGACCCACUGUCUCCAACUAUCUGCAUCAUUGCUUUUGAUUUCUUCUCUAAAAUGUUUAAUCAGCUCAUGGUUUCAUCCCCUCAUACACUCUACAGUCAUAGAUCUAACAUUGUUGUGAAUCAUUUAACAUUUGCUGAUGAUGUUAUUAUCUUUGCCAAAGCAACCAAACCAGCUGUUAAAUUGGUUCUUCAAUGCCUGGAGAAGUUCCAGCAAUGUUCUGGUAUGCAAUUCCAUACUAAGAAAUGUCUUUUGAUGUUUAACAAAAAAGUUAAACCUGAAGUUAAGCAUUGGACUACUGACCUUAGUGGCUUCAAGACCAGCUCUCUGCCUUUAAAAUAUUUAGGAACUUUGCUUGUGAAGGAAAAAACAAGACAAGUUCAAUUUGAUGACUGUAUCACCAAAAUUCAGGAUAAACUAAACUGCUGGGCAAAUUCAUUCCUUUCCAAUGGGGGUAGAGUUACUAUUCUAAAUAGUGUCUUAACAGCUCUUCCAUCUUAUAUCUCCCAGGUUUCUGUAAUGAAAAAGUCAACACAGUUAACUCUGGAAAGAAUGUUUAAUAGAUUUCGGUGGGCAGGUCAGAGGAAGCAAAUUCAUUGGACCAGUUUGCAAAAGCUGUGUGGAAGCACUAGUGUUGGUGGGCUGGGCUUCAAAAGACUCAUACAGAUCUCUCAAAUAAAUUUUUGUAAGCUUUGGUUGAUGUUCAGAGCUCAGAGUUCUCUUUGGGCUAAAUUUGUGAAGGGCAAAUACUGUAAAGAGGUGCACCCCUCCCUUGUUAAUAAAAGACUUGGGGAUUCCAGGGCCUGGACCAAUAUGCUAAAAGUAAGAUCUCAGGCUGAAAACCUAUUCAUCUGGAAAAUUGGAGAGGGCAAGCUUAAUAUUUGGCUGGAUAAUUGGACUGGUGAUGGUUUAAUCAACACUUCAUCUAACCCUCAAUUUAAUCCUGCAACUCAGGUGGCUGAAUUAUGGUUCAAUGGUGAGUGGAAUCAGCAAGCUUUACAGAAUAUAUUGGAUAACAAAACUUUACAGAAGAUUAUGAAAAGCAACAUUGAUAGAGAAAGUAAGGAUAUCCUGAUUGUGAAAAAGAAGGUGUCCCAGUCUUUAUCUGCAGCCAUUGCUAACUUCUGUUUUCCUCAACAAAGAGUCAGCUGGAGUAAAUGUGUGUGGAAUAAAUUCCUAUCCCCUUCAAUGUCAUUUUUCUCUUGGAGAUUACUCCAUGGCUUUCUGCCCACAGAUGAUAUACUGAAGUUAAAAUGUUUGAGAGGUCUUUCUAGAUGUGGGUUAUGUAAAUCCCAUGAGGAAACUAUUAAGCACUUAUUUUUCCAAUGUUCCACAGUUAAACAGGUUUGGAGCUGUUUAACUCCCAAACUAAAGUUAGAAACUGUUCAAUUAUCCUGGAAUGAUUUCUCCCUCAGCUGGAAGGAUUGGCAGGACCAAGACUUACCCCCAAUUCCUUGUAUAACUGCUUGGUUUAUAUGGAUGGAUAGGAACAAGAUUAAAUAUGAAUACAUCUGGGUGGCAGCUGCUUCCAUUGCUACCAACUGCAUCAGCUACCUGCAGAAAUUAUAUUGCCAUGGGAAGCUUCCUGAUAUCCUUCACAGUACAUCCCAUAGUCUUCCCAAAAAAAUCAAGUAUGCACUCAUCCAUUGGAUUCCUCCACCAAAGGGGGGAAUUAAAGUUAACACAGAUGGUAGCUUUUCUAAUCCUUAUGCUGGUAUUGGAGGGGUGUUCAGAAAUAAUAACGGAAAGUGUUUACUCUACUUUCAUUCUCCUGUUAUUGCUAGGGACCCUCUGGAGGCUAAAAUAGUGGUUAUUUUUUUGGCUAUGUUUAUUGCCCAAAAGUGUAGCUUCACCUCACUUAUCUUAGAAUCUGACUCCAGGGUCCUUAUUGAUAUUAUUGAAGGGAGGUUACCUACUCCUUGGUACAUGUUGCAGUGGAUUGAAAUGAUUCACUCCUUGGGAGAGGGUAUCAGAUCCUCAUACUCCCAUAUAUUUAGAGAAGGUAAUAGGCCUGCCAAUUGGCUAGCUAAGGUUGGCCUUCAUUCUGAGCUCCCUAGGGUAGGCACUUCUACUACCCCCCAAUUAGAGUUAUUGUUGAAAGGAGACAUUGUUGCUCUUCCUUUCAUUAGAGUUUUUUCUGUUUAA